UUCCAUAGGCUGGUAUUCAACAAAAUGGCGCCAACUGGGAAAAAAACUCGAGGCCAGUGGUCAGAAUGUCAGCUAAAAAAUGCCAUAAAGGCAGUAAAGAGACGUGAAAUGUCACAAAGAGCAGCUGCUGAAGCAUUUUGUAUCCCAAGGCGUACAUUACGAAACCACUUAAUAUCCGGAAAAACAGAAAAGGUAACUGGUAGACCACCUAUUCUGAAUAAAAAUCAUGAACAGGACUUAGCAAAACGGAUAAUAAGACUUGCUCACGUAGGUAUGCCGCUGACCCCCAAACUUGUUCGGAAACAGGCGUACGAGUUCUGUAGAGCAAAUGGCAUAUCAAACAUGUUCAGUGAAAAAACAAAUAUUGCAGGGAAGAAAUGGCUGAAAGGUUUCCUCAAACUAAAAAUUCCUGUAAAAGGACAGCUAAAACAAAAAAAAAGUAACGGUAAAUCUACAGGAGAAAAAAAUGCUAAAAAAAAGAAAAAAAUGGAGACUGAAACUGCUGAAAAUGAAGUGUGGUUUUGUCAAGCUUGUGAGAUGGACAGGGUUGCCGAUAUGCGUCAAUGUAAAGUGUGUUUGGCGUGGUACCAUGAGGACUGCGUAGGUUUGACAAAAGAAGACACCGAUAUUUUCAUAUGCCUAUGUGUAAAAAGUCUGAGCAAUAUAAUUGGUCUUGGACUCUUCCAAGACCAUUAUUGCUAA